GCCGUUCUGAGGGCCAGCGGCCGGCGGGGCCGCGGAGCGAGGGGCAGGCUCGGGCAGCUCCCCAGCCGCUCCGGCGGGGAUAAAACUUGAGGAAUAACUAGGAGGGGCAGCUAGGCGUCUCCUGCGUCCAGGCCCGACUCAGGAGCGAGCACGCUCCCGGGCAGGCCGCCUGCGAGAAGUCACAGCGCCCGCGACCCGCCGCGGCGAGAAGCGGUCCUGAUGGCUGCCGCCCGGCGUCUGCGCGCCCCGCGCGCCCCGCUCUACCGGCUGCUCCUGGCCCUCGCGGUCUUCAGUUAUGGUUGUGAAGCCUGCAAAAAGGUGAUAUUUAAUAUGCCUUCCAAACUAGAGGCAGACAAAAUGGUUGGCAGAGUUAAUUUGAAAGAAUGCCUGGGGUCUGCAGACCUUGUCCAGUCGAGUGACCCGGAUUUCAGAGUUCUAGGUGACGGGUCGGUGUAUACCACCAGGGCUGUCGUGUUCUCUGGUGAGAAGAGGUGGUUCACCAUCCGGCUGUCCGACCCGAGGAAGCAGACGCAGAGCGAGAUACCUGUGCUCCUGGAACGUCCGAAGAAGGUGCUGAGGAAAAGGCACGUGAAAGAACUGGUCCUCAGGCGUUCCAAGAGGAGAUGGGCGCCGAUUCCCUGCUCCAUGCAGGAGAAUUCCCUGGGACCCUUCCCUCUGUUCCUUCAACAGGUUCAGUCGGAUGCAGCACAGAACUAUACCAUCUUCUACUCAAUAAGUGGGCGUGGAGUUGACCAAGAACCUUUAAAUUUGUUUUUCAUAGAAAGAGACACUGGAAAUCUAUUUUGCACCCGGCCCGUGGAUCGUGAAGAAUAUGAUGUUUUUGAUCUGAUUGCCUACGCGUCCACUGCAGAUGGCUAUUCCGCAGACUUGCCUCUCCCGCUGCCCAUCAGAGUAGAGGAUGAAAACGACAACCACCCCAUUUUCACAGAAUCAAUUUACUAUUUUGAAGUUCUAGAAAGUAGUAGACUUGGUACCACAGUGGGAGUGGUUUGUGCCACGGACAAAGAUGAACCGGACACUAUGCAUACACGCUUGAAGUACAGCAUUCUGGAGCAGACCCCGAGGGCACCUGGGCUCUUCUCUGUGCAUCCCAGCACAGGCACCAUCACCAUAGUCUCUCACUCCCUGGACAGAGAGGUUGUAGACAAGUACUCACUGAUAAUGAAAGUACAAGACAUGGAUGGCCAAUUUUUUGGGUUGAUGAGUACAGCGACCUGCAUUGUAACAGUAAAAGAUUCAAAUGACAAUGUGCCCACUUUCAAAAAAAAUGCUUAUGAAGCGUCAGUAGAAGAAAAUGCAGUCAAUGUGGAAAUCUUACGAAUGUCUAUAGAAGAUAAGGAUUUAAUUAACACUGAGAAUUGGAGAGCCAAUUUUACUAUUUUAAAGGGCAAUGAAAAUGGACAUUUCAAAAUCAGUACUGACAAAGAAACUAAUGAAGGCCUUCUGUGUGUUGUAAAGCCAUUGAAUUAUGAAGAAAACCGUCAAGUGAUCCUGGAAAUCGGAGUGAGCAACGAGGCUCCAUUCACCAGAGACAUCGCCCUCAGAACGACAGCCAUGAGCAGAGUGUUGGUCACCGUUCACGUGCGGGAUCAGGACGAGGGGCCCGAAUGCAGCCCUGCCACCCAGUUUGUACGGAUUAAAGAAAACCUAAAAGUGGGGUCAAAAUUCAGUGGCUAUAAGGCAUAUGACCCCGAAACCAGGAGUAGCAGUGGCUUAAGGUUCAAAAUAUUGAAUGAUCCUAAAGGGUGGGUCACCAUCGAUGAAACUUUGGGGUCAAUCACAACAUCCAAAAUCCUGGACAGGGAGGCUAUGACUCCCAGAAAUGAGUUAUAUAAUAUUACAGUCCUGGUGACUGACCAAGGUGGUAGAUCAUGUACUGGGACACUUGCAGUUAUAAUUGAAGAUGAAAAUGAUAAUUCACCAGAAAUGCUGCAAAGUUACCUAACAGUUUGCAAACCGAAGAUGGGGUACGCUGACAUUUCUGCUGCUGAUCCCGAUGAGCCUAUCCACGGCCCUCCAUUUUCCUUCAGCUUGGCGAGCACUUCCCCAGAGAUCACCCGAGUAUGGGCACUCACCAGGCUUAAUGAUACAGCUGCCCGUCUCUCAUAUCAGAAAAAUGCUCAAUUUCAAGAAUACAAUGUUCCUAUUAUUGUAAAAGAUAGAGCUGGUCAGUCUGCAAUGAAAACCUUGAGAGUCAAUUUAUGUGACUGUGUUCACCCCAGCCAAUGCCGGGCAGCCUUGAGGAGUGCGGGGGCGACGCUCGGGAAGUGGGCCAUCCUGGCCAUACUGCUGGGCAUAGCAUUGCUCUUCUCUGUGCUGCUGACCUUAGUAUGUGGAGUUGUUGGUGCCAAAAAAAGAAAGGCUUUUCCUGAGGAUUUAGCACAACAAAACUUAAUUGUAUCAAACACAGAAGCCCCUGGAGAUGAUAAGGUGUGUUCUGCCAAUGGCUUCACGAGCCACACUGUGGGCUGCUCGGCUCAGGGAAUCUGUGGCACGCUGGGAUCAGGAGUGAAGAACGGAGGGCAGGAGACCAUCGAGAUGGUGAAGGGAGGGCACCAGACCUUGGACUCGUGCCGGGGGGCCGGGCAGCAGCCCCCGCUGGACUCCUGCAGGGGAGGGCACGUGGAGGUGGAUGGCUGCAAAUACUCGUACUCAGAAUGGCACAAUUUCACUCAGCCCCGACUCGGCGAAGACUCCAUUAGAGGACACACUGGUUAAAAAUUAAACAUAAAAGAAAUUGCAUCUAUGUAAUCAGAGUGAAGACCUCAUGCCAUCUCAAGAUUAUGUCCUUACGUACAACUAUGAAGGAAGAGGGUCCCCAGCUGGGUCUGUAGGUUGCUGCAGUGAAAAGCAGGAAGAAGAUGGCCUGGACUUUUUAAAUAAUUUGGAAGCCAAAUUUACUGCAUUAGCAGAAACAUGCUCAAAGAGAUAAUGUUAAAGUGCUACAAUUAGACAGGUCUUUGCGAGACAUCAUUCUGGAGGUUUCCAAAAGGAAUAUUACAAAAUUCAAUUUCAGUUUCAUAUAUGUGUAUAUGUAUGUGAAUUUUUCUAAAAUUUGAAUUAUGCUGUUAACCAAUUUGUAUUUUUGUAACAACUUGUGCUUCUAUUUGCUUAGAAGUUUAAAAUGUUACGGCAUGUUUUGCCUUCUUUACCCUUGAACAGACAACUAGUGAUCUCAUGCUAUGGCACUGGGAUUUAGGUCUAUAAAGGGUCUGCUCUUCUUUACAGAUAUUUGCCCAAUAAAUAGGUAAACAUUAGUCCAAUGCUAGCUAAGCUAUAUUAGAUCAAAUAUAGUAGAACAGCUGUAUGGGCUAAAAAUUCUGUUCUUGUUCUACAUUUAGAUUUAAGUGGAAUGGGAUUCUAUAAAAUAUUAUGGUAAAUUAAGUUGGAUUUUUUAUCUCUAAGAUAUUGGUAGCACCUAGUUAGUAGCUUCCCAGACUACUAGAAUUUCAUUUUCCUUCUGGUUAUGACUAGAUUGUGAAGAGCAGUCCUAUGUAUGCAGUUGCCCUGAUAAAGUCUUAAAAAUGCAUAACCACAGAGUCAGGCUAUACCGGAAAAGUACAGACCAAAAACUGUGUUGUUUUAAUACUUUUGAGUGUGUGUGUUUUGUAGUUUACAGAAGGAUUACUAGGGGGGACAUAUCUCAGUUUCCUUUUUCUCAAGAAAGAACUAUAUUCACCACAGAGUUAUUGUUAGUAUUUUAAUGAAAAAUAUCAAAGAUCUUCUAUUGAGAUUGUAAUCAAGUUUUAAUAUUUUUUCCCCUGAAAUUCAGGACUAGUAUUGAUAAUACGCCAGUCGUGAAAAUUAUCCUGAGAAAAAUUUUUCUUCUCUUUGAAUAUAGUAUUUUCAUAUUUCUAUUUGCAAGUUUAGCACAUAUGACUCUUUAUUUUCUGUCAGUUGUAGUCACUUGCAGUUAGAAUGUUACCCUUAGAUAAGGUGUGCUUUCUGAAGAAGCAGACUCCUGUCAUAAUUACCAGUAGCAAUGAGAGAUGAGCAUGUAUUUCCAAUAAAAUACAUUAUUUCUUAUUAAGGCAGAUCAAUAUUACAAAUGCUGUAAGAAUCAAAAAACAUAGGAACAUGUAAGUCCUAGGUGCAAUUUAAUUUCUUCCAAAACAUUGCUUAAAUGUACUGAUUUCCUAAUUUGUUCAUGUGAUAGAGCUCCCAGAAGGACUUGCAAAAUACCCCGAAGCAGUGAUGUUUAAACUUAACAUAAUACCGAAUCUUGUGAUAAAUCUACUAUCACGUUAUUGUAUACUCACUUCAAAUGAUAGUUUCAAAACAGACAAGAAAUAGCAGGUAUGACCAGCUGAAGUAACUUUUGGAAGAGAAACAAUUAAGACUGAAUUAACUUAAAAAAUUUGCAGCUAUGAAGUGACCUGCUGCCUGACCCCUUGCCCCAAACAAGGAAUUCUUUAUUUACCCUUGGAGGCAAAAUGUGUUGAGUGAGGCCACGAAUUGCAGUGUUCUUUAUGUAUAUAGGUUGAAUUGACCACAUGCUCAGGCACACACACACACACACACACACACACACACACACACACACACACACACACACACACACACACACACACACCCCUCACUUCUUGAAAGUUUGUGUUACACCACUUUGCUUUUCUGAAACACCUAAAUUAGUACCUGCUCUCACUAACUGAAAGAAAUCCAAAGAGGAUUUUCACUCUUACGAAAAAAAGUGAAAAGCCAAGCUGGCAUUCAGCGUUGCUUUGCGAGGCUGCUGUGGAGGCGCAGCACAGGUGGUGAGAAGGGCAGGCCAGGACCCCUGCCUAGGACCACCUGCAGCCCCUCAGCAGGCAGCCACCAAGCUCCCAACUGAGAGCAUCUGUCUUUCUUGUCAUCUAUUUUAUGCAUUUGUUAGCAACAUGUGUCCUAAGGUAUCAAAAAGCCUAGAAGAAUUGAUUUUUUGGGUCUGGGAAUGCUCAGAUUUUCAAUAUGAAUUAAUGGUAAUUGCUUCUUCAUUUUAUGCCAUUUUGGUUUAUGAAAGUUUCAUAGGAACAUGCUACUUUCAGGUAACUGGGGAAACCUGUAUGUAUACACACACACACACAGGUAUUUACACACACACUUACACAUAUAUAUAUAACUAGAAAGAUUUAAAAGAAAAUGAAAACCAAAGGGGAAGAUAAGAAUUUAAACGAGGCUGGGUUUGCCCCACUAGGAAUCCAGGGUUUAGAAAAGAGCCUGUCUCACUUAGUUGUGAUAUGCUGGUGGUCACUGAGCACUGCCAGGAACCGGUUCAUGUACAUGUGUGUGAUGUGUCUCAAGCUGCGUGUACAGCGGAUGGUUUCAGUGGGGAGGGAGCCGGGUGGGACAGCAGAUCUCUGUGUCAGUAAGCGAGGCGCAAACUGGUGAACGGCUGUGUGGCUAGGGCUCCCUGACUUGGGCUAGCAAGGUUCCAAAUAAACUAAUUAGUUUUCCUAGAACUAAUACUAAUAACCUUUUUAAACCUAGUUAUGGUAAACAUAAAUCUUCUAUCACCAUUUUCUUUCUCUCUGCUGUCAACUGACAUUUUGAGACUUUAGAAGCAAAUAACCAUAUCCUCUGGGUCAGAUUUUCAAGGGUAAAGGGAGUUGGGAUGCAGAUCUUACUGAAAGGAUGGAGGUGGCAUGAUUGUCUCUGAUGGGAGCCCACAGACCCCUCCCCACUCUGUGUUCUGGUCAGAGCCUGGGAGCUGUGAAGUGUCAGUUCCCUCUUCACUGCCUUGUUUUAAAGUGACAUCUAUGUCAAUCGAGGAAAUCCAGCCUCCCCGUCUGGCACAUUUCUCUCUCCCAAUGUUAGUAACACUUAGGAGCAAAUAGUCCAGACUGUCAGUCACUCUUCAGUAUGAAUCAAUUUUUUUGAGAUUGCUUUCUUAUGAGGAUUUUUUAAAUAGCUGAAGAAAUAGGAAUGUGGUUAAGAAAUAGGAAAUAGGAAAGACAAAGAUUUAGUGGUCAUUUUGGGACAGAGGGACCUUUUGGAGAUCACAAGCCUAGGGGGGUAUUUGGACUUAAUUUUAUCCAAAUAUAAAAUUGGGGAGAGCAACAUGAAAACUCAGGUCUCCACUGGUAAGGGUAGAGGCCUCAGAAGUGUGUGGGUGGUAAGAAAGGCAGCGGAGGUCGCUCCCUAGAUUUUCCCAGGCCGGACCCUACCUUGUCUUUUCCCAGACCAGUGGCAGCUGCCAUUGAUUUGAGUGAAACAUUGCCAGCCCUUUCUCUCUGCCUCACCUUAUUUGGAGUGUGGAGUCAAGGAGGAGAGAGCUGAUGGCAGGAUGAGUCUGAAGGCAUUUGCAGGAUGGGCCUCAACUGGUUGUGCAAAACAAACAUGGCAUUCUUAGGGAAUGCGUUAGUCCUUAUGCAGCCUGCUGGCACUAAGCCUUCAAUUAAAUAUGUGUCUAAGACUUUUUAUUGGAUGCUGCAUUUUCUGUUUCCUAAUUUGCCCCUGAAAUCUAAAUUUUAGACCUAGACUUCUGGAAAGGGCAUUUUCCUUUUAAAGGUUUUUUUAUUUUUAGUGUAAACAUUUUUAACAUGUAGUAUUCUUCUUACAUGUGUAGGGUAAAAUUAUGCUAUUUAAUUGUUGAAAGGAAAUGUCUUUUAAAAAAAUUUCAAUUUUUUUCCCAGAGGAUGUUCUUGAAUUUUUAAUGCAAGUGUACAGAUUAUUUUUUCACAUUUUUAGAUGGAAGCAGUUAAGCAUCUAUACAAGGCAGUGAGGUUUGUUUUUCAAUGUUUUAAACAGAGCUUUAGUUUUGCUGUUAAAAGAAGUUACUGUGCUUUUAAAGAAACAUGGCGGGUUAAAAUAAGCAAAAAUUGGGUGUAUAAAAUCUUAUUUGCAUAUCUAGAAUGUAAUUAAACAAUGUUAACUUGAUUGCUUGUCUUUGCUGUAUUUAGAGAUUAAAUGAUUUCAAGGUG